GCGCCCGCCGCCCCCGCGGCUCCCGGGCGCCCCCCGCUCCUCGUCGGCGCGCCCGGCCGUCGGGCCCUACCCGAGGGGCCUCACGGAGUACGUGGGGAUGCGCUGGUACAGGGCCCCGGAGCUGCUGCUGGGGUCCCAGCGAUACAGCGGCGCGGUGGACGUCUGGUCCCUCGGGUGCGUCGCGGGGGAGAUGGCCCUGCAGCGCCCGCUGAUGCCGGGGAUCGACCCGGAGGAUCGGA